GGUGAGGUAUUUAAACGCCGGAGCAGGACAGCACAGGCGAAGCUCUGAACUCCCCGAGAGUGAAGGUAGGACAGGGAGAGGAAGCAGAAGAACAGAGCUCUACAGUUUUCCUCACAGCCAAGCCCACACACUUACACACAUUAAUCUCACACAUACAAACACACACAGACACACGCACUCUCACGCACGCACUUUUGGACUUUCGACUCAUCUGUGGACUCCAAGAGCUGUUCUCUGGAACUCUACCUGUGCAUUCCUUGCUCCCACUCAUCUCUCUCCUCACCUCUUCACCCACCUCCACUCCCCAGUCCCUCGCUUGGUGAGGGCAGAUGGCCAUGGUGCGGGCCUCUCUCGGGGGUGCCUUAGGCUGUGCCCUGCUGGCCCUAGUCUUGGGGAGCAGCAGCAUGGAUUUCGGGGCGCCCCCCGCAAGCUUCUACCCCCGUUUCAACCCCUUCUUCUUCCUGUGCACCCACCAUGGGGAGCUAGAGGGAGCCGGGGUGGCGGAAGGUGGGGGAGAGGUGCUACUCACCCUCCAAAUUACGGGCAACCCCACUGCCUACACCCCUGGACAGGAGUACCAAGUAACCAUCUCUACCAGUGUAUCCUUUGAUGGUCUGCUGGUGACCGGCCUCUACACCUCCACACCAGUCCAGUCAGCUCCCAUCCCUGCCCCAGCUGCUUUUGGCUUUGGUGUGAUGCCAGAGCGUCAGUUUGGUGGUACCCAGUUCGUUUGCAGUGUGGUCGCUUCCCACGUUAGCCACCAGCCCUCCACCAGCUUCAGCUUUGUGUGGAUCGCUCCACCACCUGGCACUGGCUGCGUCAACUUCCUUGCCACAGCAACACAUCGAGGACAGAUUAUUUUCAAGGAUGCUCUGGCCCAGCAGCUCUGUGAGCAAGGAGCUCCAACUGAGUCCCCAUUGAGACCUAGCCUUGUGGAGCUCCAUGGUAAACAUGCUGUGCUGCGUGACGACUUUGACUCCAACCUCCAAGGAGAGCUGGACCCCAGCAUCUGGUCUGAGUGCAGUAACUGUGAUGUGGGAGAGCAGUGUGGUGUACUGAUGCAUGGCAGAGCGGUCACUUUCUGUGAGCCCUUCGGAGAACGAGAGCUGACCACUGUUCCUCUCAACACCAGCACAGCCUCAGUCCUGCAGUUUGCUCUGGGUUCAGGCUCCUGCCGGUUCAGUUACUCAGACCCCAACAUCACUGUGUCAUACAGCCUAAGUGGUAACGCCAACACCUCAGAUGACUGGAUCACACUGGAGAAGAUCAGAGCCCCUACCAACAGCAGCACCGUCAUCCACCUUCUUCCCCUGCCACAUCACUCCAAGGCUGAUGGUGUUCGUAUCCGCUGGUCUCAGGAGGCCCCCCAAGGCCCCGAAGGCUAUGAGUCCUGCUGGGGGCUGGACAAUGUGCUGCUGGUGAAUGCUGCUCACAGAGCCCCGCUCAUGGAGGACAAUUUGGACCCCCCAGACACAGCUAACUGGCUCUUCUUCCCUGGAGCUACCAUUAAGCAUGCCUGUCAGUCCGAGGGCAAUGCUCUGUAUUUCCAUGGCGGCGAGGGAGCUGGCCACAGCUUUGCCUCCACCAGAGACAUUGAUCUGCACAGGGAAGAGGGAAGGAGCUACUGGGAAGAAGACUUCGAGAGCCCACCAUCAAACUGGGACAUAGAGGGAGCUGUCUACGGGACCCAGUGUGGAGAGAUUGAGUCGGGCUCAGCCCUAGUUUUUGAAAAGGAGGGCCGGAGGUGGGUGUGCACCCCCUACCUCGACACCACGUCUUAUGGAAACCUCCGCUUCUACUUUACCAUGGGCGGUGGCAACUGUGAUCCGGGAGAGUCCCAUGAGAACGAUGUAAUUCUGUUUGGGAGGUCUCAAGGCAGGAGGGAACCUGUGACACUCGACACCCUUCCAUACUCCUCUUACAGGACUCCUGCAGUGGUAUCGGUGGCACUGCCCACUGAGCUGCAAACACCAGUCACCCAGUUCUGCCUGGAGCAGUGGUCACAUGGGGGUGCCAAACGUCACGUAUGGGCCGUGGACUUCAUGCAGCUGCUCCCUGUUCUGCCUGGCACGCACACACAUGUUGCUCAGUUCUCCAUCAACCUAGGCUGUGGCUCCUACCAGCCUGCCAACAGCGUCAGUCUGGAGUUCUCCACCAAUCACGGUCGCACCUGGUCUCUGCUUCACACUGAGUGUCUGCCAGAGCUCUGUGCCGGACCCCAUCUACCUCACAGCACCAUCUACUCCUCUGACAACUACAGCGGGUGGACAAGAAUCUCUAUCCCUCUUCCCAAUGCUGCCCUGACAGAGACUACACGGUUUCGCUGGAAGCAGUCUGGCACUGGAUCAGGCAACAUGUGGGCCAUAGACAAUGUUUAUAGUGGUCCAGCCUGUCUUCGUUUCUGCUCUGGGCGAGGACAUUGUUCCCGAACCGGCUGCAAAUGUGACCCGGGCUUCAGUGGUCCAGCCUGUGAGCUCGCCUCCCAGACCUUCCCAGCUUUCCUGUCAGAGGGUUUCUCCAGCCCACGCCUCUCCUCCUACCACAGCUUCUCUUCUCUCCGUGGAGCUGAGGUCAGCUUUGGCUGCGGGGUGCUGGCCAGUGGCAAGGCUCUGGUCUUCAACAGGGACAGCAGAAGGCACUUGGUCACUGCUCCAUUGGACAGUUCCCAGGCCAGGUACCUACAGUUCACUCUUCGGCUGGGCAGUCGCAGCACCUUGAGCUCAUGUCCUGCUCCAGACCAGCCAGGAGAGGGAGUUCUGCUGCAUUACUCCUCGGACAACGGCAUUACCUGGACGCUGCUGCAGCACUAUGCUUACCAAGGCUUCCAUGAGCCAAGGAUUGUGUCGGUGGAACUCCCGCCCGGUGCUCGGAAGUUUGGCGUACAGUUUCGCUGGUGGCAGCCGUACCACUCAGGCCGUGGUCACGAUGUGUGGGCCCUGGAUGAAAUCAGCAUGACCUCUGUGUUGUUCAACACCAUAAGUCUGGACUUCAGCAAUGUACUAGAUGUUACCCAGAGUCUUGGUUUCUAUCUCGGCCAUGUCCAGCCCUAUUGCCAGCACGACUGGACACUCAGUUUCUCUGGUGAGCCCAGCCCUGGCUCCAGUAUUCGUUAUGUGGAAACUCAGUCAAUGCAGAUCGGAGCCUCUUACAGUCUGCAGUUCUCACUGGUCAUGGGCUGUGGCCGCGAGCCGUCCCCUCACAUUGACACGCAGGUCCGCCUGGAGUUCUCCACCAAUCACGGCCUCACCUGGCACCUGGUCAAAGAGGCCUGUCUGCCCGGCAUGCCAAGCUGCUCGGAGUUCACAGCUCCUAGUGUCUACCACCCAUCAGAGUUCAAAGACUGGAGACGCAUCACUCUGUCUCUGCCUCAAAAGACAUGGUCCAGUGCUACACGGUUCCGUUGGAUCCAGAACUACUAUGGAGAGCAGGAUGAGUGGGCCCUGGAUGACAUCUACAUUGGCCAGCAGUGUCCAAACAUGUGCCAUGGACAUGGCUGGUGUGACCAUGGACACUGCAGGUGUGACGACGGCUUCUCAGGGACAGACUGCCAGCCCUCCUCCCCCCUUUCCUCCAGUGUACUCUCUGACUUUGAGUCCCAGGAUGCACUGCUGGCCACAUGGCAAGAGGUGAUUGGUGGAGAGGUGGUCACCCCUGACAUGGGCUGUGGAGUGGUCUCGUCUGGAUCGUCCCUGUACUUCAGCAAGGCUGGGCUGAGGCAGCUGGUGAGCUGGGACCUAGACACUGAAUGGGCAGAGUUUGUGCAGUUCUACCUGCGGGUGGGUGGAGACUGGGCAGAGUGUAACCAGGCGGACAGCAGGGAGGAAGGAGUGCUGCUGCAGUACAGCAAUGAUGGAGGAAUCAGCUGGGGUCUCAUUGCUGAGAUGUACUUCACUGACUUCACCAAACCACGCUUUGUCCACUAUGAGCUUCCCUUGGCCUCUAAGACACCCUCCACAAGGUUUCGCUGGUGGCAGCCUCUUCACUCUGGGGAGGGCUAUGACCAAUGGGCAAUUGAUGAUGUCAUAAUUUUGUCAGAGAGGGAGAAACACAUCAUCCCCAUGGCCAACCCUACUCUACCACAGAACUUUUAUGAGAAGCCAGCUUUCGACUACCCUCUGAACCAAAUGAGUGUGUGGCUGAUGCUGGGCAAUGAAGGUAUGGAGAGGGAAAGCAACAACAGCUUCUGUGCCCCAACGCCCUCUGCCAUGGUGUUUGGGCGCUCUGAUGGGGAUAGGGUCGCUGUCACAAGGGACCUGGCCCUGCGUCCUGGCUACACCCUUCAGUUUAAGUUGAACAUAGGAUGUGAGUCAGAGUUCAGUGCUUCUGCCCCAGUCCUGCUGCAGUACUCCCAUGAUGCCGGUCGCACUUGGGCCCUGGUGAGAGAGGGCUGUUACCCAGGAACCCCAGGGGUAGGGGUGUGUGAGGGCAGCGGUCGUGAACUUAGAGAGCCCACUGUCUACAACACUGGAGACUAUGAACAAUGGACCAGGGUCACUGUGGUCAUACCACGCAAUGUUGCAGCCAGUAAAACCCGCUUUCGUUGGUUCCAGGAGAGCAGUGUGUACAGAGAUGCUCCACCUUUUUCCUUGGAUGGGGUCUACAUCUCUGAGCCUUGUCCAAACCACUGUGGGGGACAUGGAGAUUGCAUCUCUGGUGUCUGUUUCUGUGAUAUGGGAUACACAGUGGAGCAGGAUAGUUGUGUACCAUCUGUAGCCAGUCCCACAGAGCUGACUGAAGGCUUUGAGGGGAAGCUGAGCCCUCUUUGGCAGAGCCUAAGUGGAGGACAAAUUGGAGGGGGCUGUGGUAUCAUUGGUGAGGGCAAGGCCCUUUACCUCAGUAGCCCUGGAAGGAGAGAAGCACGCACAGUGCCUCUAGACACUACCAACACACGGUUGGUCCAAUUCUACAUCCGCAUUGGCAGCAAGAGUUUGGGACCCACAUGCACCAGGCCUCGCUCCCGCAAUGAAGGUGUCAUUGUCCAGUUUUCUACCAACAAUGGUGUCCAGUGGCAGUUCCUAAGGGAGCUUGACUUUAGUUCCUUCCUGGAGCCCCAAGUGGUGACCAUUGAGCUGCCACCUGCAGCUAAAACCCCCUACACAGUAUUUCGGUGGUGGCAGCCACAGCAGGGGAAACACUCUGCCCAGUGGGCUCUGGAUGAUGUCUUGAUUGGUAUGAAUGACAGCUCCAGAACAGGUUUUCAUGACAAGUUUGAUGGCACAACCCCUCUGAGACACAACUGGUACCGCAUUCAGGGUGGAGAGGUGACUGUGGACUGUUUGUCUCUGGACACAGCACUUACCUUCAACUCUGAGGCCAUUGAUAAGAAGCCAAGGUAUGCAGAGAGCUGGGACUUUGAAGUGUCAGGCUCAUCAUUCCUGCAGUUUGAGCUGAGUAUGGGAUGUAGUAAGUCCACUUCCUUCUCCCAUGGCGUGCGGCUGGAGUACUCCACAGACUGUGGUCGUCACUGGUCUCUCAUCACGCCAGAGUGUGUGCCCCCAGCUAUCGGCUGUGCUGGUUAUACUCAGAGUUCCAUCUAUACGUCAACCCAGUACAAACACUGGAGAAGGAUCACCGUCUACCUGCCCAGUGCUGCUAAUUCCCCCAGAACUCGGUUCCGAUGGAUCCAGACCCACUUCACCCCAGGGGCAGAAGGAUGGGCUCUAGAUAACGUGUUACUUGCCCCUGGAUGCCCCUGGAUGUGCUCUGGACAUGGUCUGUGUGACAACGGACAUUGUGUGUGUGACAAGGGUUAUGGAGGGGCACACUGCGUGCCUUUGGCACCUUUGCCAUCUGUACUGAGAGAGGACUUUAAUGAGAACCUGCAGCAGGAGACCUGGCCUGAGGUGUAUGGAGCAGAGAGGGGAACUCUGAGUGGAGAGCCUCUUAAAUCUGGCACUGCCCUUAUCUUCAAAGGGGAUGGUCUGCGAAUGAUAGUGUCAAGGGAUCUGGACUGCACAAACACUCUCUAUAUCCAGUUCUCCUUCAAAUUCAUCACUAAAGGUGUCCCAGAGCGCUCCCACUCCGUACUGCUGCAGUACUCAGUGAAUGGAGGCAUCAGCUGGCUGCUGUUGGAUGAGUUUUACUUUCCAGCUUCCACAGACACUCUGUUCCUCCACCUGCCACUGCCAGCCAGCGCUCAGACCAAUGCCACCCGCUUCAGACUCUGGCAGCCUUACAACAGUGGUAAGAAAGAGGAGGUGUGGGUGAUAGAUGACCUAAUCAUUGAUGGCAGCUCCUUACACAACCCACCAGUGGUGAUCGACAGCUUUGAGGAAGGCCCCAAUGAUUCCAACUGGCUGUUCUUUCCCGGGGGAAACACUGGCCUCUACUGCCCCUACCAAAAGACUGGCCUGGAGGAGGAUGAGUCAGCCCUGGUGUUCGUCUCCAGUGAGCUUGGAGAGCACUCUGUUACCACCAGGGACAUUGACGUAAAUGAGAACACUAUCAUCCAGUUUGAGAUUAAUGUGGGCUGCACAGCUGAGAGCUCCUCUGCCCACCCAGUGCGUCUUGAGUUCUCACGUGACUUUGGUGCCACGUGGCACCUUCUGGUGCCCCUGUGUGCCGGUGGGCCACAGCCGUCCUCACUGUGCUCCACAGAGCUCCACCCUGCAAGCAUCUAUUUCCCUGGUACGACUCAGGGCUGGAGGAGGGAGGUUAUUCACUUUGGCAAGCUUCGUCUCUGUGGGUCCGUGAGGUUCCGUUGGUACCAAGGUUUCUUCUCAACUGGUUCUUCUCCUCCAACAUGGGCACUAGACAAUGUCUACAUAGGCCCGCAGUGUCAGGACAUGUGUAAUGGCCACGGGGCCUGUGUUGGUGGCACCCACUGUGUGUGUGACCCCGGCUUAUCUGGAUCUGACUGUUCUGUGCCUGACGCCCCCAACCCCGACUUCCUCAAGGAGGACUUUGAAGGGGGAGCUGUAGAUGCUGAGCGUUUUAGACUUCUUAGCGGUGGUAAACCAUCCAGGAAGUGUGGUAUCAUGUCAAGUGGGAACCACCUGUUCUUCAGCGAGGACGGCCUGCGCAUGUUGGUCACCAAUGACAUGGACCUGUCAAAUGCCAGGUUUGUUCAGUUCUUCCUGCGUCUCGGCUGUGGUAAGGCAGCUCCAGACCCUCGCUCCCAGCCUGUUUUGCUGCAGUUCUCUGUGGACGGAGGUCUCACCUGGGGACUUCUCCAGGAAUUUCUCUUCAGCAACAGCAGUAAUCAGGCUCGCUUGGUGGCCCUGGAGAUCCCGCUGCGUGCCCGCACACCUUCCACUCGUCUCCGCUGGUGGCAGCCCUCUGAGAACGGACACUUUUACAGUCCAUGGGUCAUUGACCAGGUGGUGGUAGGUGGCAGUGCCAGUGGCUGGGGACCUCUGGAAGAUGAUUUCUCUUCAAUUGAUGGUCGCUCAUGGCUCCUUCACCCUGGAGGAACCCGAAUGCCCGUUUGUGGCUCUGAUGGACCUGCUUUUGCAUUCAUUGAGAAGUCCAACACUCGUUAUGCUGUUACCACUGACAUCAGCUUGGGUCAAGAUGCCUUCAUCCAGUUUGAGUUUUCUGCCUCCUGCUCUGUCACCAACUCCUGCUACUCUGUAGAGUUGGAGUAUUCUCUGGAUCUGGGUCUGACCUGGCAGCCUGUGGUCAGAGACUGUUUGCCUACAAGCCCUGACUGCUCUUCCUACACCCUACAGAGGCUGCUGGUUUCUGACACAUACAACAAGUGGGGACGCGUUACCCUGCCUAUACCAUCAUAUGUCAGGUCUCCAGCCACAAGAUUCCGUUGGUUCCAGCAGGCUCCCUUUGACAAGCAGCAGACCUGGGCUCUGGAUAACCUCUACAUCGGAGAUGGCUGCCCAGAUAUGUGCUCUGGACACGGCCGCUGCCAGCAGAGCUCCUGUGUGUGCGACCCAGAGUGGGGUGGAGAGUACUGUGACGAGCCUGUGGUUCCUCUACCCUCCCAGCUGAAGGACAGCUUCAGUCGCGCUCCCUCACUCAGCCACUGGCACGUAUUAACUGGUGGAAAACUCAGCACUGUGUGCGGAGCUGUGGCCUCUGGGGCUGCUCUGCACUUCAGUGGUAGUUGCAGCCGCCAGCUGGUGACAGUGGACCUGAAUCUGACCAACGCUGAGUUCAUUCAGUUCUACUUUAUGUAUGGCUGCAUGAUCCCACCUAGCAACCGCAACCAGGGUGUGCUUCUGGAGUACAGUUUGAAUGGAGGAAUCAACUGGCACCUCCUGACUGAGAUCUUCUAUGAUCUGUACACCAAGCCUGGGUUUGUGAAUGUGCUGCUGCCCCCUGCUGCCCGGCAGGAAGGGGUGCGUGUGCGUUGGUGGCAGCCACAGCAUGAGGGAGCAGACCACAGUGAUUGGGCUCUGGAUAACGUCCUUAUUGCAGGUUCAGAUCCACGAGCACAAAUAUCCGACACAUUUGGAGGGGUGGCACUGCCCAACCACGAGAGAGCUCCUGCUGAUGGGACCGCAGGGAGGAUAGGUCAACUGAAUGAGCAGGAGGAAACACCCAUCGUGAGUGAUCACUGGUUGUUCUCAGAGGACUGCUCGGUGCAGCGCUUCUGCGGCUCUCCUGAUGGGGUGAUGGUGUGUGGAAAUGCUGAUGGGAGAGAGGUGUAUGCUGUCACACAUGAUAUUAUUCCUGACAAGGGCUGGGUCAUGCAGUUCAAGAUUGCAGUAGGCUGCAGUGUGCCAGAACGUCAUGCAGACCGGCAGGUUCAUGUCCAGUACUCAGCUGAUUUCGGAGUGACCUGGAAGUACCUGGUGCCCCAGUGCCUGCCUGCUGACCCCCGCUGUGGCGGUCAGGUCUCACAGCCGUCAGUCUUCUUCCCUGCUGAAGGCUGGAAGAGGGCAGUCUAUCCCCUGCCCGACAGCCUUGCUGACACUGCGGUGCGGUUCCGUUUUUUCCAGCAGCACUCAGAUAUUCAGUGGGGUGUGGAGAACUUUUACAUCGGGCCAGCAUGUGACAGCCACUGUGGGGGACAUGGGGAUUGUCUGGAUCAACGCUGUCUCUGCGACCCAGGAUUCACUGGACCAAACUGCUAUGCCAGCACUGCUCUUAAGGCAUCUCUGAAGGAGCGUUUUGACUGGGAAGGGGCAGCAGGACCUCAGUGGCAGGUGCUGGAGGGCGGCAGGCCCUGUACAGACUGCGGUGUGUUAGUAGAAGGGACUGCCCUGUACUUUGGAGGGGCUGAUGCAAGACAGGCUGUCACUGCUGAUCUGGACCUCCGUGGAGCCAAGUUUGUGGAGUACUGGGCCAGGAUUGGAAGUGAAGAUAACAUGACCAUGUGCCAUCGUCCAACAUGUCGCAAAGAGGGAGUGCUGCUGGAUUACUCUACUGAUGGAGGUGUUUCCUGGAUGCUGUUGCAUGAGAUGGACUAUCUAAAGUAUGUGUCAGUGAGGAGAGACUACAUUGUUCUCCCAGAGGGAGCUCUAACCAAUGCCACUCGCCUGCGUUGGUGGCAGCCAUUUACCAUUUCCUCUGGCCUGGCCACCCCCAGCCUGGAAAGAGCCCAGUGGGCUAUAGAUAACAUCUUGGUGGGGGGCUCAGACAUUAACCCAUCAACCCUGCUUGACACCUUUGAUGAUGAGGGUGUUUCUCAUGAGGAAAGCUGGAGUUUCUACCCUAAUGCUGUACGCACAGCUGGCUUCUGUGGAAACCCAUCAUUCCACUUGUAUUGGCCAAACAAGAACCAAGACAGGACACACAACAUCCUGGCCACUCGAGAGCUCAUAGUGCAGCCUGGCUAUGUUCUACAAUUCAAGAUUGUUGUUGGGUGUGAGGCAGACACCUGUGAAGACCAUCAUUCUGUCUUGCUGCAGUACAGGAAGGACGCAAGGUCUGACUCGUGGCAGCUGGUACAGUCAGAGUGCCUCCCCUCGUCAGUCAACAACGUGGGCUGCUCCCCUUUCCAGUUCCAUGAGUCCACAAUCUACAGUCCAGUCAACAGCUCAGCAUGGACAAGGGUCACUGUCCAGCUGCCAGACCAUGUCUCCUCAGGGGCUACUCAGUUCCGCUGGAUUCAGAAGGAGGGAACAGGAGAGCGGCAGAGCUGGGGAGUGGACCAUGUUUAUAUUGGAGAGGCCUGCCCGGGGCUCUGCAGCGGCCACGGCUACUGUACAAGUGGAGUGGUCUGCAUCUGUGAUGAGGGACACCAUGGUGACGACUGCUCCCUCUCCAGCAGUGACCUGCCCAGCUCAAUCAAGGACAACUUUGAGUCCGGCAGCGUGUCUCAGGAGAGCUGGCAGCUGAUCCAGGGUGGGGGUGUAGGCAGCGGCUGUGGGCAGCUGUCACCGCAUGCCCACGGAGACUCACUCUACUUCAAUGGCUGUAAGAUGAGGCAGGCAGUUACUAAACCGCUGGACCUCACUAGAGCCAGGUACAGUAAGAUCAUGUUUGUGCUGCAGAUUGGCAGUGUGGCACAGACAGACAGCUGUAACAUAGCUCUGGAUCAGGCCGAUACAGUAGACAGAGCCGUGCUGCUGCAGUACAGUGUCAACAAUGGAGUCAGCUGGCAUGUAAUUGCCCAGCACCAGCCCAAAGACUUCAUAAAGGCGCAGAGAGUCUCCUACAACAUUCCACUAGAGGCGAGGGUUAAAGGGGUGAUGCUGCGAUGGUGGCAGCCGCGUCACGAUGGUGCAGGACAUGACCAGUGGGCGUUGGACCAUGUGGAAGUAGUUCUGCCGGGGCUCCUACCCCCCCAGACCUUUCUGCGAGACAGCAGUCCCCUCCUCCUGCCUCUCCCCUCUCGCGCUCUAACCUCUGCUCUCUUCUGUAUUCUGCUCCCUCUGGCAUGGCUGUAGUGUCAGCACCCGUAAACAAAACUACAUGAUGAACUUUGCCAGACAGACCGGCGUGCGUCACUACUACAGCCGCAAGAGGCGGGCACUGCGACAGCGUGCCUAAACCCAAGCAGAAGGGAUUCGCCCUCUGACCUGCCAAUCACACAUCGACCUGCCACGCACAUCCUUUUUCUCCUGACGACAUAUCGCCCUGUUGAGUCCCAUCCACCGGUGGAUUCCAGUCAGCCUUAGACUUCCCUCACCCAUAUCUCCCUACUGUCUGCUAGAAACACGGGCCAUCCGAUCAGUUUACGCCAGCCAAUCAAGGCUUUCCCAACCACACGGGUCGGUGGGAAUGAAACUCAGAAGGAGUGAAGCGGCCAUUUUGUUUACUUUUUUUCCAUGGACAGUCGGGGGUUUCUAGUUGUUUUCUAAUUGUUGCUGUGGUUCCUCUGAUUCCUGUUCCCACCUGCGAUAUCCCUCCCUCUGGCUUACCUCCCCAUCACUCCUCCUCCCUCUCCUCACCCUGCUUUUCCUACCACACUGUGAAAUUGAGAGAUAAUAUAUCACUGCUGAACUGACCAGCCGAUUGGAGAGUUGCCUCCCAGUUCCACUGAGCCGCCGGAGGGGGAGGACCACUCCACUGCCGCCAACCAGUACGCCAGGAGAAAGACCACGAUGAUGAUACUGACCAUUAAGAGGAAUAACGGUGAUGAAGAAGAAAAAAAAAAAGUACUGUGUUCUUGCUGUUCUGUGUGUCUGUGGGUUCUUUUUGUGAUGAGUUGACUGUGGUGUUCUGUUCAUUUGUUUGUUUGUUUUCUACUAAUUCAUAUGCUUUUAAGGGGGGGGGGGGGGGGGGUUGCUGGGUUCUGUUUCCUUUUCCUCAUUUAUCUGGAAUGGAUGUGGGCUGGGCAGAUGAAGCCCGGCCUCCACAGCAAGAAGGAAUGAAAGAAUGAUUUGCACGAUGGGAAAAGGAGAAAAUAAGAAAAAAAUAAAGACAAUAAUUUUUGUUUUUUUUUUAAUCAUUUUUUAUAUAUGUUGGUUCCCGAAAAUACAGAUAUUUAUGGUAAAUGGUUCUUCACGUAACCUAUUUAAGAUGCACUGUGCGUGAAAUCUGUAUGUUAUUUUUUAGUGUUAAGUUAUUAGGCAGUUGAGUCAGGCUCUCAGACUGCACCAUCUCCCCUCUUCCUUCUCAUACCUCUUCUCUUGUGCUGUUUCCCCACUUUCCAUUCCCCUCUCUCUCUCUCUCUCUCUCUCUCUCUCUCUCUCUCUCUCUUUCUCUCUAUCUCUCUAUCUCUCUCUCUCUCUCUCUCUCUCUCUCUCUCUCUAUCUCUCUAUCUCUCUGCUGAUUUCUGAUACCUGGAGGUGAGGCUCUAUUAGUGUUGUUUUUUGAAGUCUGUGUAAUAUGGACCCUCUGCCCUCAGUGUAACUCCAGUAUAGCAAUCUCCUGUAUAUAUAUGUAUAUCCACUAUGGGGAGACCCAGCAGCCUUAUAAAAGGGAAAUAAAGAACUGUCCAAACCUCAUACUGUA